CCCGUGUCGCGUCGUGUCUGGUCUAUGGUGUCUGUUUCCAUUCCAGAGCUUCGGCAGCCCAAAAAUGCAGACGAGGGAGGAAAGCAAGCACCAGAGAAAGAUAAAGAGGGGAGGAUUUUGGAGAUGGGUGAUAGCCUCAGUAUUCUUCAGGCUUAUUCUCAUUUAUUUCCCUCAUAAUCUCUUUUUGUCCUUUCGACCAGAAGUCUCCACUCCUGUCACCAGCCUCCGUCGCUUGGCUGAGGGUUACUGGUUGAAGCAAGCCUCUAUGUCUCCGUAUGCAGGAUCUAUGUAUCACGGUUCUCCAUUGUUACCCUCGGUACUUGGGUCACUCACUGUUAAAAGAAUUGAAGGGCACCCGGAUCAUGUGUUUUGCAGGCUUAUGAAGUGCAAUAUUGAUGUUGCCUCCAGAUAUACUUGCUCAGGAGAUUUUGCUGCUCUUGUGUACUUUUGGAAUCCAUUCACAAUAGUUGCGUGUGUGGGUUUAUCAACAUCCCCAAUGGAAAAUUUGUUCAUCAUACUGACAAUUUAUGGGGCCUGUACACGAGUAGUUCCUCUAGCAGCUCUUGGAUGGGCUAUGGCAAGUCAUUUGUCUCUUUAUCCAGCAAUUCUAAUUAUUCCGGUGAUUCUUUUAUUGGGAUAUGGUCUAGAUGCUCCUCCUCGGAAGUUGUUCCUGCAGAAGGGAUUUUAUAAAAUUGGAGACAACAGCUCAAGCAAUAUACAUUGUGAACAAGAGAAAAUGAUCAACCAAUCAAAGCCACGCAUUAUUUUUUCAUGGAGACCAGUCAUGCUUUUCUUUUUCUGGACAACUCUGUGGUCACUCUAUUUGUUGGUUCUAUGUGGCAUGUCUGUCAAGCAGUAUAGUAGCCUGUGGGAGAUGUUUCAAAGAACGUAUGGUUUCAUUCUUAUUGUGGAAGAUAUGUCACCAGAUAUAGCUGUUCUAUGGUAUUUCUUUGCUGAAGUUUUUGAUUUCUUCAGAAAUUUCUUUUUGAUAGUUUUUCAUAUGAAUAUUUUAUUUAUGAUAUUGCCAUUAGCCAUAAGGCCAAGCCACUGGCCCUGCUUCUUCGCUUUUGUCUACAUUGCUAUCUCAUCAAUGCUUAAAUCGUAUCCAUCAGUUGGAGAUUCAGCUCUAUACUUAGGUUUACUGGUUUUGUUUCUUGAUGAAUUAGCAGAUAUGCAGUUCUCUUUCUUCAUCUUUUGUGGAUAUGUUGGGGUUUCCCUUCUUAGCCCUGUGAUGCACAACCUAUGGAUUUGGAGGGGCACUGGCAAUGCAAACUUCUACUUUGCAACUGCAAUCGCUUAUGCUUGCUUGCAGAUAUAUACAAAGAUUCGCUUAGCUCAGCUCAAAAGUUUUUAUAAUGGAACAAAGAUUUGCUUAGGACUUGAAAUCUUGAUUAUUUUGGUGGUUGAGAGUGUUAGUGCCAUGCUUAACCAUGACAGGAAGCUAAGAAAGCUAUCUGUCGCAAAUCUUCUAGAUGGGAAAUCUUAAUCACUUACUGAAACCUGGAUACUUUUCUUCUGAUGUGGCAUGUCUUGGCCCUUGAAUGUUCAAACCCCAAGAAAACUUUGCUGGUAAGGAGAUUUUCUUUUGUUUCAUCCUGUUGCACAUAUUCUGGAGAGGCUUGGUUUUGGAUGAGAAGAUAAACACGCUGCAUUGAACAACAUAUAUUGGAAGUCAUUUUAUUUUUUUAAUGAGUUUUCUAAUUACAGCCUGUUGUAGUUUCUGUUGUACACCGAGACAGGAUUUGUUGUAUGCAUCUGUAAUAUGCUGAACUCUGUUGAAAUACAUUGUAAUUUGUCAAGUUUUGGCCGAGUAAUUAUUUAGUGAAAAGGGACAUCCUCCUCUAAUGGCCUUGUGGCAUCCAA